GGUGGAUCAUGUUACCUACAAUGUGCGUCCAGAUGAUGGCUUUCCUACUGCUUGUUCUUACUCAAGAGAUGUGCUCAGCAACAGAUGGAAUCCAGCCUUAUAUGCCCAAUGUGUGUUCACAGAGAGAGCCGUCCGUAGCAGCCCACAAGCAGCCUGUGAUCCAAGCCUUCAGUCGCAUGGUCAAAGUAUGGAAACAGGGAUGUGCGGGGCAGAUGUGGUGUGUUGGCUAUGAGAAAAGAACGGCAUACUACAUCACAUAUAGAACAGUUUACAGUAUGGAUUAUAAGAGCGUGAACAAGUGCUGCCCAGGAUGGAACCAACGCAAUGGCGAAACAGGCUGUCAUUACAUGGCCUGCACCACUGGCGUUUGUUUUAAUGGAGGGAACUGCGCUGAUGGAUCCUCUCAGCAGUGUUUUUGUCCAGCAGGAUUUCAGGGGCCACGCUGUCAGUAUGAUGUAAAUGAAUGCGAGAAUAGUAAUGGCGGAUGUGAAGUGCAGUGCUGCAAUACGAUUGGGAGCUUCUACUGUAAAUGUUCUGAUGGCCACAGCCUGAAAGAAGAUGGGAAGACCUGUCAAGAUGUUGACGAAUGCCAAACCCAUAAUGGAGGCUGCCAGCAUAGAUGUGUCAACACCCCAGGGUCGUAUCACUGUGAGUGCAAACCAGGCUUCCGUCUGCACUCAGACAGCAGGUCAUGCAUACCUGUGUACUCUUGCUCUGUCGCCAAUGGGGGAUGUGAACACGACUGCGUGCAGGUUACAGUGGCGCACUACCAAUGUCGUUGCCGGCACAAUUAUCAGCUGAAAGAAGAUGGCAAGCACUGUGAAUUGACCAACCCGUGUUCAUCCAGAAAUGGGGGCUGCAUGCACCAGUGCAACAAUAACGGGGGACUUGUCAGGUGUUCAUGUCACCCAGGAUAUAAACUAUCAGCGGAUGGCAAGUCGUGUGAAGACAUUAAUGAGUGUUUGACUGGCUUGGCCAUGUGUGCACACAGCUGUCUCAACACUCGAGGCUCCUUCCAUUGCGGCUGCAGUCCUGGCUAUGAAUUGGGAGCUGAUGGAAAACAAUGUUACAGGAUUGAGAUGGAGAUUAUAAAUAGCUGUGAGAUCAACAAUGGAGGAUGUUCUCAUCAGUGCAAACACAUCAACGCUGGUCCUCUUUGCCUCUGCCCCCAAGGGUAUGAGUUGGAUUUGGAUGGAAAAACUUGUAUAGACACAGAUGAGUGCACAAAUGGGGCAUCAUGCUGUCAGCAAGAGUGUUCUAAUAACCCUGGGGGUUAUGAGUGUCUGUGCUACCCAGGCUAUAGAGUCAACCCAGAUGGAUGCGGCUGUGAUGAUGUGGAUGAGUGCUCCUUAAACAAUGGAGGUUGUGAACAACUGUGUGAAAACCUGAUUGGUUCCUUCCAGUGUAGCUGUCCACCUGGGUAUAGACUGGAUGGAGACAGUAAAAGCUGUACUACCAUAACUAACCAAGCUGAAGCAUUACCUGGUCAACGCCCCAUUGUUCGCUCUCUUCCACAAGUCACUUUACUGAGAGAUGAAUUUGCUCAGUUUUUUGAUGAGGACUAUGAUGAUGAGGAAGCAGAAGCCAGAGGAGAGCAUACCCUCUCUGAAUCAUUUGUUUGUUUUGGGGGCAGCUUUGGCCCUGACUGUGCGCUAACCUGUGAUGAUUGCAAGAAUGGAGGCACAUGCAAUGAUGAGGAAGAUGGUUGUGUGUGCCAGGAGGGCUGGACAGGACUUAUAUGUAACCAAACUUGCCCUGAAGGAACGUUUGGUCAGAAUUGUAGCCUCAAAUGUAACUGUAAGAAUGGAGCCACCUGUGAUCCUAUUACUGGCAAAUGCCGCUGUCCACAAGGAGUCAGUGGAGAAUUCUGUGAAGAUGGCUGCCCAAAAGGAUAUUAUGGAAAGAGUUGCAAGAAAAAAUGUAACUGCGCCAGCAAAGGUCGAUGCCAUCGCAUCCACGGAGCCUGUUUGUGUGACCCUGGGCUCUAUGGACGUUAUUGCCAUUUAGCCUGUCCGAAGUGGACAUACGGACCUGGCUGCUCAGAAGAAUGCCAGUGCAUACAGAAAAACACCCUGGAGUGUGAUAAAAAGGAAGGCCUUUGCACUUGUAAACCAGGUUUCCAUGGAGAACAUUGUCAGAAAAAAUGUGACGUGGGAUUUUAUGGAAUCAGUUGCAAGAGCAAGUGUAGCUGCCCAUAUGGUGUUCUCUGUGACCACACACAUGGGAAGUGCCAGAAACAGUGCCCAGAAGGAUACCAGGGGGAUAACUGUGACCAAGAAUGCCCAGAAGGAACAUUUGGACUGAACUGUUUAAAGACUUGUGCAUGCGGAGGUGCACCUUGCAAUCACGUCUCAGGGAUGUGCAUUUGCCCUGCUGGAAAAAUUGGGAUAGACUGUGCCAAAGGUUGCCCUGUAGGUCACUGGGGAGCUGGCUGCCAAGAGAUCUGUCCCAUGUGUGAAAACAACGGCAGUUGUAACCCAGCCACCGGAGAAUGUACAUGCGCACCAGGGUAUACUGGCAGCCUUUGCAAAGAAAUUUGUCCUGCUGGUUGGCAUGGCCAAGGGUGCCAGAUGAGAUGUGCCUGUCAAAACAAUGGACAGUGUGACCCAAUCUCAGGAAGAUGCACAUGUCCUCCUGGCUGGACGGGCCAUAACUGCAGGAGAGCAUGUGAUGCGGGACACUGGGGAACAGACUGCCUCAACCCAUGUAACUGCAGCAAUAGUGAUGGGAGCUGUAAUUCGGUGACUGGACAAUGCAUCUGCGAAUCAGGAUAUAUAGGGCUGAAUUGUGAUCAAAAAUGUGCCGAGGGCUGGUACGGUUCAGAUUGCAGGCACCCAUGUCAGUGUGAUAAUGGUGCCGUUUGUGACCAUGUGAGUGGGGCUUGCACUUGCGCAGCAGGGUGGAGAGGAACAUUCUGUGAGCUACCAUGCCCUGAUGGCUUCUAUGGCACAGACUGUGCAAACCACUGCCGGUGUUCCAACGGUGCCCCCUGUGAUCAUGAGUCAGGAUCAUGCACUUGUCUUGCUGGUUGGACUGGCACUACAUGCAGCCAAAAAUGUCAAGAGAACAGAUAUGGAAAUAACUGCGAGGAAACUUGUAACUGCUUUAAUGGAGCCUCAUGCAACCAUAUCAGUGGGGAGUGCGUGUGCAGCCCUGGUUGGACAGGAAUCACCUGCCGGCAAGCUUGUGCUGAUGGCUUUUAUGGGUUCAGUUGCCUCCAGCAGUGUAUCUGCAGAAAUGGAGGAAAAUGUGACCAUGUCUCUGGUCGGUGCAGUUGCCAGAAAGGCUGGACAGGAUUGGCUUGUGAGAUAGAAUGUACUCCGGGAACAUAUGGGGAUGGCUGCCUACAGAACUGCAGUUGCCAAAAUGGAGGAGUUUGUGAGCGAGAGACAGGACGUUGCAUGUGCCAUGGAGGCUGGACUGGGGACUUAUGUCAAACAGCAUGUCCUGCUGGAACAUUUGGAGUGAAAUGUGCAGAGAGGUGCAACUGCCGCCAUGGAGUUUCCUGUAACCAUAUUACAGGCAUGUGUGAUUGCCCAGCUGGAUGGAGAGGAAAACACUGCGAUAAGCCUUGUCUCCCUGGGUCUUAUGGAGAGAAAUGUGUGGAACUUUGUACUUGUCCCCAUGGAACAGCAUGCAAUCACAUCACAGGAGAAUGUGGGUGCCCACCAGGAUUUACAGGCAAUGGAUGUGACCAAACUUGCAUUCCAGGCACCUAUGGGCUGAAUUGUGAGAAAGCCUGUCAGUGUCCAGGUGAACAUCAGAACUGUCAUCCAGUGACAGGGGAAUGUAUUUGUGCACCAGGAUACCAUGGAGCCAACUGUCAGCUAAGAUGUUCAAAUGGACUUUACGGUCCAAACUGCGAGAAACGCUGUUCAUGCAAAAAUGGAGGACACUGUGAGGCUACAACAGGAAUGUGCCACUGUCUACCUGGUUAUGUGGGGUCUGACUGCAGCACUGUAUGUCCCCAUGGAAGGUAUGGAAAAGGAUGCGCCCAUGUCUGUCCUUGUGGUCCAAGAGGAAACUGUGAUCAUGUGACUGGAGAAUGUAUUUGCCCCCCUGGAAGGACUGGCCAGAACUGUGAACAUAUGUGCAGUAGAAAUUAUUUUGGGAAAGACUGCAAACACCACUGUACUUGUACGAAUGGUGGAAGGUGUAACCCAGUUAAUGGUUCUUGUACCUGUGGUCUGGGCUGGCAAGGACCUACCUGUGAAGAAGGGUGCCCUGCUGGUAAAUAUGGAGCUGGCUGCCAAAUGGAGUGUUCUUGUCAGAGCAAUGGCACUUGCGACAUUGUAACAGGCACUUGUCACUGCUUAAAGGGAUAUUAUGGAGCAACAUGUGAACAUGCCUGCCCACCUGGUUUCCAUGGAGACAACUGUGGGGAAUUAUGCACUUGUGAAAAUGGAGCAACGUGCGACCCUGUCACUGGGACGUGUCUGUGUCCUGCAGGUUUCUAUGGAGACAAAUGCGAGAAAGGCUGUGAGAAGGGGACAUACGGAGAGAAAUGUAACAGGCUUUGUGAAUGUGAAGGAAAUGCUCCUUGUGACUCUGUGACCGGAGAGUGUAUUUGUCCCCCAGGGAGAUCUGGUGCCAGCUGUGAUUUAGAGUGCAGGAUCGAUCGCUUUGGCCCCAACUGCACCUUCAGCUGUGACUGCUCAUGGAAUUCCCAAUGCAAUUCAAUGAACGGGGGCUGUAUGUGUCUUAAUGGAUUUAUAGGACCAACCUGUCAAGAAGGUGGGCCACCCCAGCUUAUGUCGACUCUGUUCCAGACAUUACUAUAUGCAAAGUCUCAAACACAGUCCGGAUCCUCAGCUCGAUAUCUGAUAAAUACCAGCAAGCAAAGGCCAUAAAAAGCCUGGAAUAUGUUUAUUCCAUAACGCUAUUGAAUUACAACAUGCCGUUAAUGCAAAAUGUACUGUGCACUGUUGUAAAGGUGCCAAACAAACUUUGUAUGGAUUUCUAAAUAAUGACUUGAAUAAAAGCAACAUGGAGAUGCACGCGAGAUUCCAUCAGCCACCACCAAUCAAUGGCUUCUGCACCUAGAACUGAAAUGCCAAGAGGAAACACCUGCACCACACCCAACAUGAAAUGCUUUCUGUUCCACCUGAUUUUUACUGAACAUAGUCAAGAAGCACAGCAGUGGUCUCAUUGUUACUUCCUUCUAGUCUUCUUGUCUCAAUCUGAAAAGAUCCAUGCACAGAAAUAUCCAACUACUGAGAAUGAGAAGGAGUAAGUGCUAACAGAACAGCCUUCCAUUGCAAAAGCCAUAUAAAAGGGACGUACUUUGGUAAAUUGCUAACAUCAAGCUGAUUGGAAACCAUUCUCCAUAUAUUAGUGGGCUGGCAAUAACAGCACCCACAGGCCAGGUGCAGCCUUCCAAUAUAUUAAGGCCUCGUCCUUCAAUGAGUUCCUUAUAUUCUUUGUAUAAUGUAAUCAUUACAGUAUUAACAGGCCCUUGGGAAUCGGCCCACUACAUGGAAUAAGUUCUGGAGAACUGCUGGGCUUCUCCUGCACUUCCUCUGUAUAAACCUUGGGGCAGUUAGUACUUAAAUACUACUGUGUUUGAUAUUUUUCUGUAUGGAUAAGUCAAUCAAUGGGUUUUUAGUCAUAACAUUCAAUGAUGGGUAAGACACAAGAAUAUCCAGCGGCCAUUGUAGACCCAAAAGAUGUCCGGGCACAGGUUCUCCUCAGUGGUAACUAUGUCCUACUGUUACGCCGGUGUAAUGUUACCAACUUGUGCUUCUUAAUUCCUGGUUCCAUUUGCAGUCCGAUGGUUUCCAUCUGUUUGUCUGAUCAGGGGAAUAGCUGAAAUAUCUAUUUAUGUUGCAAUAUUUAGAAGAAUGAAGAACUUUUGAAGCCACAGCCAAAAGGUCACACGUGUCUGGUGAGCAUAUGAGAUAUCUAUGUAACAUACACAAUGUCUCAUACUCAUACAUGCCAAGCUCUGAAGGAGCUUCUUGAUGUCCAAACAUUGUCAUUGAAGCCCAGUAAACAAACAGUGACAUCACUGCUGCGGUGACAAUAUUGUACACAAAGGAAGUUCAUUCCUGAAUUAUUGACAUGAACUGGAAUAACCAAAAUUUUCAAUGGAGCAGGCGCUCAGAAUAAAGGCACUCUUCCACCAGGUUGUUCAAACAAGUAGAAAAGAUUUGUUGUGUCCAUAGCCGUACGCGUUUAGAGCCUAUAUAAGUCUUUGUAACAUGAAACACGUAAGGCUAUGGACACUAUAAAUCUUUUCUACUUGUUUGAACAGCCUGGUGGAAGAGUGCCCUUAUUCGUAGUGCCGGCUCCAUUAAAAAUUUUGGUCUGUCCGGUCCCCGUGCGGAGGGCUCAGGGCAGUGCACACGGGCCACUAAAUGUGGGGAGUGAUAAUUAUACUUUUUAUGGGGACCCCUACUCCAAUUCAUCAUACCAAUGAACUGGACUAACACCAUAUCUCAUAAUAGUGACUACUUGUCUAUGUAAACACAUGACCAGGCCUAUUUCACAUGACUUUGUAGAUCGCCUAUACAUUAACUUUGUGUAUGAUAUAGACAGUUUUUAACAUUUUUUUUUUAUAUUUUUGCUUUUGUGAAAUGCUUUGGAACUAGAUUUUACAGCUGCUUUUCUGGUUGCUAGGAUCCAAUAUACACUACCAACCAGGCAGUGGUUAAAAUGAGAGACUGGCAGAUGAAUAGCAGAGGAACUCAACAGAAAGCUAAGUAAUAAAAACGAACUCAUAACGUAGUCUCACAGAGCAAUAAUUUUUUUAGCUGCCGGGGUCAGUGACCCCCAUUUAAAAGCUGGAAUAGGUAGAAGAGCAAAUCAAAAACGAUAAAUGAUAAAAAGUGACGAUCCGUGUUAAGAAUAGGCUUUUCUAUAACAUACUGAAGGUUAAUUUCAAGGUUAACUACCCCUUGCUAUUACUUUUAAUUACAAAUAAGCAGUUGCCUUGAACAAGGCAGGGCCAAAAAGCUGCCUACAAUAAGGACCGAUCUUUAUGUAAUUUGCAUAUGGAAUUGUAUUUGCCAUGUUUUUUUACCCAUAAUUCAAUGUUGCAGACCUGUCUUUUGCUUAACCAGUGUGUGUGUGUGUGAGUGUACAGGCCUUGUGUAACGGAGUGUAAAUGCCAAACGAUGAGUAAAACCUGAAAGAUCCACUUGCUUUCAAUGGAUUCAGCUGCGAGUAGAGGAAUAUAAUAUAAAUGCAGAUGCCGUUAAAUAAGAUGUAUGGGGAACCACACAGAAUUAUUCCAAUUAUAAAUAUUCCAUGACUUUUUGCACAGAAUAGUGAGUCAGUAAGCAGCAUGUGACAACCGGGGAGGAAUUUUCUGACCCUCAACCACCUGUUAUUCAAUAAACCUUCACACAUUGGGGAUGUUACUCAUUUUUAGCUAUGGAUUUUUUUUUCCAUAUCUGAAACUGAACAGAAGUGAUGAGUGGACGUUCUCCCUAUAAUUUAUUCAUUAGAAUGAAAAUCUGAAUUCCUUUCUAUCUUGGGUCGUUAAUUGCUAAUUAGAAUGACAUUUCCUUUGCUGAUGGCUGCCCCUAGCUCUGUGCUUUCCCUCCAGGGAUGAAUUUAUUGUGGUCCAGAGAACUCAACUGCAAAUACCCAUUUAUCUCACUGCACAAGAGCUCAUCCAUGUUGCAAUAAAGGAAACUCUGGCUAAAGUACUAUUAAAUCUCUCUACGUUCUACUGUAUUGGAAGUGAUCAGAUUGCCUGAGCGCUGCCCCAUGUUGUCUACUUGUAUGAAAUCCAGUAAUUGCCUGCUUCAGCCUUUAUUGCACUUCAUCACUUGGAGCCUCAUCCUAAGUACCUGCUGGGGGGGACAUAUAAGGGUAGAACUACACAAACAUUUUCGGCACAAUCUGACGGGCUACGACAAAAGCCGGCAUUAAAUCGGAUGCGACGGAAUAAGGUAAGUAAUGGCAUUGUUGGAUGGUGUCGCAGCAUUGAUGCGACGCAACACGAUGCAGACGCUGUCUUCGGAUCAACGCUGCGACUUCAUCCGACAUUUCUAUCUCUUACCUUAUUUCCGUCACAUUCGAUUUGACGAUGGCUUUUGUCACAGUGCGUCGUAUCGCGCCGAAAACAUUAGUGUAGUUCUACCCUUGCCCCCGGCCGUUCAGGAUACCUCCUCCCAAUGUUUGGGGUGAAUUUUGGCCAUGAGGCUGAUAUCAGAUGAAAAUACAUUUCUUUAUGUAUAUUAUAUUACUCUCUUUCUUGCAAUGGCCUAAUUAAUGGGUCAUCACUUUUCAGGCUUAAACCAGCCAAAAUAUUUAAAACUAAAUGACAUCAGUUCUGCCUUGAACCCGUAAUCUCACUAUUCUAGUGGCUCUUUCCCAACUUCGAGUUCUUUAAACAAACACAAGCUGAUUGGUCAAUAUGAAGCCAUAUGAUUCAUUAGACCAGAAGUCCAGUAAAAGAAAUGUGGCAGCAAAACUACUACAGGUAUGGGACCUGUUAUCCUGAAUGCUCCGGACCUGGGGCAUUCUGGAUAACAGAUCUUUCCAU